AUUACUCGUCCAGCGCCACCAACUCAGCAAGUGCUACCAUGGUAGUUGAGAACAGCAACUUAAAUUUUAGCACCGAGGACAGCUCCGGGACGAACCUCAGCGCUAAUGACAGUGUCCGCGACACUCUCAUGUCCAGGGAGCAGUCCGAACUCGGCAGGACAGGGCACACAGUGGUAGCCGUGUUUCUCGGUGUCAUUUUCCUGUUGGGAUUCCUCAGCAACUUAUUCGUCCUUCUCGUCUUUGCGCGGUUUCAGGUGCUGAGGACGCCCAUCAACCUCAUCCUGCUCAACAUCAGUGUGAGCGACAUGCUGGUGUGUAUCUUCGGAACUCCCUUUAGUUUUGCCGCGAGCCUCUAUGGCAGAUGGCUCAUCGGAGCCCACGGGUGCAAAUGGUACGGUUUCGCCAACUCGCUUUUCGGCAUCGUUUCUCUAGUAUCCCUGGCAAUCCUCUCCUACGAGCGCUACUCCACGAUAUUGUGUUACACAAAGGCUGACCCGUCUGACUACAAGAAGGCCUGGCUGGCCAUCGCGGGCGCCUGGCUCUACUCCUUGGUGUGGACGGUGCCACCUUUCUUUGGCUGGAGCAGCUACGGUCCAGAGGGGCCAGGCACCACGUGCUCAGUGCAGUGGCACCAGCGCUCUUCUAGGAACAUCUCCUAUGUUACCUGCCUCUUCAUCUUCUGCCUCCUGCUUCCCCUGCUGCUCAUGAUGUUCUGCUAUGGGAAGAUCGUCUUUGCCAUCCGCGGGGUAGCCAAAAUCAACCAGUCGUCUGCACAGCGGCGGGAGACCCAUGUGUUGGUGAUGGUUGUCUCCAUGGUGUCCUGCUACCUGCUGUGCUGGAUGCCCUACGGGGUGGUGGCUCUGCUGGCCACCUUCGGCCAGGUUGGCCUGGUCAGCCCCACCACAAGCAUUGUCCCCUCCAUCCUUGCCAAAAGUAGCACCUUUCUCAACCCUGUCAUAUAUGGGCUUUUAAAUAACCAGGUAAAAGGCUUAUCAACGGGACACUGGCCAUUGUUCUACUUCUCAGUGAUUUGAUAUGGAAAUGGGGGAAACCUUUUACGUCAGUACUCCGUUAUUACACAGUGGACGCAUUGAUGAUGUCAUGUGUGCCAGUUCUACAGGUGCUUCCUGGCCUUCAUGAGCUGUGGGUCAGAGCCAGCAGGCAGCCACACCCUCCACACCCUGCCCAGCAGCCGAGUGGUUGGCCCUAAUGGCAACUCUCCAGCCCCAGAGGAGCCUGGUACACGCGAGCCUCUGGACGGCAGUGGGACCUCCUCGAAGACUCAGACAUGUGGCCAGCAGAGAGAGAAACCUGACCUGGUCCUGGUUGUGCACUACACCCCUUGAGGAACAGAGGUAUUUUGGGCCGUGGAGAAAGAGCCCACUCCCCUGCUCAUAUGAGCCAAAACACAUGGUGCCCCACACUGCAAAAUAUGAUAUGAUAGGGGAAGUUAUCUAUUCUGCUGCAAACUGGAGAUACAUA